AUGGACACACACUUCAAUUUGUGUGCAACAGAUUUUUCAAGAAAGUGUGUUGAAUGUAUAACCGGGUACUACCCGGAUUUGUUAGGAACGUGUGUGUUGUGUGAUCCGUCGUGUAUAAAUAAAUGCAACAAACGAAUGGGAUACUGUGAGUCUUGUAUCGCCAAUUAUGUUUUGAUUUCAUCUGAAAAUCCUAAAUGUCAAAAAUGUGACGAAUUUGAUACAAAUUGCAAGACUUGUUCACCUGAUAACAAUAGAAAGUGUGUUGAAUGCAAUACAAAUUACUAUCCAAAUACAAGUAAUGAUACAGAUGUAAACUUUGCCAUUCUUCUUGUGGGGGUUCAUGCAGUGGUACAACAGGUGCGUGUACCGGUUGUUCAUCAAAUUACGUCUUUUCAAUAA